AUGGGCCCACCCGCCUCCAUCGGGAAUAAUUUGCCUCCCGGCCCAUCUGUCAUAGUCGAGGAUAUUUUGAUCAUGGGCCCAUGGUCCGCUGGCCCGUAUCAUACGGGAUAUUAUGCACGUCCGUUCCCUCUUUUAGUUGACCCCAGUGCAAUAUCAUCAACUUUACCCUCAACCAAUAUACCCCUGCAUCCAGAUCAAGAUUCCAAGCCUGGAACCAGUCCUAAAAAUUGUGUCCUUUUGCUCAUUGAUGAUUCUCUUCCCCUCAAAAAUACCUGCAUCGUGCCAACCUACCCACAUGAUGCAUCUGCCCCACCAUUUGGAGUGCCUCAGCCCACUCCACAAGGUGCCAACAAAGAGAAUGAGAUUAUAUUGCAAGAUCCACUCGCUGAUAUUUUCAGACCUAAUGGAAUUGCCAAGACAGUCCCUGCUCCAGCACUUAGCCCAAUCAAGCAGACAAAUGACAGACCAAGUAUAUCCAACAACAAGUCAGCUGCAAAAAUGGAUGGAAAGAAGAAGAUGCAACCAGGUGCUGCAAAGAACACUCAAAACUUACGUGCAUGGUGCUGGCUGAAGCAGGUGAAUCAGAUGAGCGGAACAACUGAAGAAUUCCAUGUGUAUUGGGCAGCGCUCAUGACUGCACAGCAAGAUGAAUACAAGGCUGACACAGAGCGGUUGCAGAGUGCAGGGACAUGGACAAAGGGUUCUGAUUGUGCCGUCUGCGAUGGCACACUAUACUAG